CGCGCUUCCUGCUCUCUUAUUGGUCAGAGCUCUGCACACACUCAGCCGUGAUUGGUCAAUUGUUGCCACCCGCCACUGCGUGUUAUGAGUUUUGUUUUCCUUUUUUUUUUCUCUUUCUCCUCCCCAUGUUUUACACACACAGCUGAGAGAAAAAGGGAGCCAGUCAGAGAAAGAAACGAUCUCAGCCCUGUCCCACAACAGGCAGCCGCUCUGGCAACGGCCGUUUCUUUGUUCUACACCGGCUUUGACAACAAAUAACGUAAUAAUUAAACAUCCUCUUUUAUCGAUGCCCGCGCGAAAAUUUCAGGAGAUGGAAUCAAAUAAGAAGGAUCAUAUGGAUGGUUCUUGCAUUAAGAGGAGAAGGCAUGACAGUGAGCUGCCUGCUCCUGGUGGAGCCAAAAGCUGUUCCUCCGGUCAGGAGUACACGGACCUGGAGGCGGCUGAAGCUCUGGUGUGCAUGAGCUCCUGGGGCCAGUCGCUGUUCCACAGCAGCAGCAAGAUAAACCCCUGCAAGCCAAGACCUCUCACACCAGCUUCAGACUCCUGUGACUUACUCCUCCCACAGGACCUCCCCGAUCCAUCGAAGGACUUUGUGUCCCUCUCCUCUCUGUGCAUGACCCCUCCUCACAGCCCGAGCUCCGUUGAGAUCUCAUUGGUUCAGUCAAGCGCCAGCCCGCCUCCGCCAUCGCAGUGCCGCGGAUCAGGACCCAGCCAAACUGCCCUGGCAGCUGAAAAGACCCCCUCCCUCCAGUUUCCAGCCUGCAGAGCCAUGGCAACCAGUGUCAUCCGCCACACCGCAGACCGAACAAUUUGCCAAAGACACAUUCCAGUGGCCCCCACUCCAGAGAAGCCUAUAGACACAGUAACGGAUAGGAUCGUCCAGCAGCAGAGGACCACACCUCCAUCCCCUCCUUCUCUCGUACCCUCGGAAAAAGGGGCUGGAGGUCCCUCAAAACCCUGUUUGGACAGUGACUCUACCCCCGCUCCUGUCGUCACCCAACCACAAAACAGCCCACCCACUCCCAGUGUUUCCACAACCCUGCCCCCUCCUCCCGUCACCAGCCCUCAAAUCAUCUGCCAGAUGUUCCCCGUCAGCAGCCAAUCUGGCAUAAUCUCAGCCUUCAUCCCCAGUGCGGUGCAGGCCUCCAGUGCUGGAAUUCGGAGUGGUACCACACCCAUCCUCCCCCAGUCCGCCUCAGCCAGCAUCCCCACCGUCCAGCAGUCCCUCAUCGUGGGCUCGGCGGUGCCUCAGGGCACCGUGAUGCUGGUGCUCCCCCAGCCUCCAGUGUCCCAGGCCUCCAACUGCCCUCAGACUGUCAUGACCCUGGGCAACACCAAACUGCUACCUCUGGCCCCAGCGCCCGUUUACAUGCCGGCGGGACCCAGCAGCAACCCUGCAGCCACAAAGAUAGACUUUUCCCGCAGGAGAAAUUAUGUCUGCAACUUCUCAGGCUGCAGAAAAACCUACUUUAAGAGCUCACACCUCAAGGCUCACCUGCGAACGCACACAGGUGAGAAGCCGUUCAGCUGCAGCUGGGAUGGGUGCGACAAGAGGUUCGCGCGCUCUGACGAGCUCUCUCGUCACCGGCGCACCCACACCGGCGAGAAGAAGUUCGUCUGCCCCGUGUGCGACAGACGCUUCAUGCGCAGCGACCACCUCACCAAACACGCCCGGCGCCACAUGACGACGAAGAAAAUCCCCUCCUGGCAGGCCGACGUUCGCAACCUGAGCAAAACAGUUGCUGGCAAAACUCCUCCCUCCAAGCCUGGCAUUGCCACUCUGAGCAUGCUCGUACCUGUUGGCUCCAACAAGGACUGCUAUCUCCCCCACUUCCAAGAGAGCUAAGGGAUGAACGGAGCAGACAAGCACACAAAUCUGCCCCCCUUUUUUUCCCUCUUGGGGUUAAAAAAACAAAACAAAAAUGCACUGGACUCUUCCUUCUCUUUUGCUCAUUUGUACAUGCAUUUUCUCCAAAAGACUUUGAUAUCAUUCAUGUGAACAUGUAUGCACUCUUGCCAAAGUCUUUGUCUUAGAAAUUUCACUUUUUACCACCUCAACACUUAUUUUGUGUUGAAGUCUAUGUGAAUGUAUGGUUUGUUGAAACAAUGCUUCUUCUCCUUGUCUCAAUUAGGAAGAAAUUCAUUUGACAAACAAUGUAAAUAGGAAUCACCUGUAUACUAAAAUUAUACUUUGAUUAUAUCUCCCUAACUUUUUGUUUUAUUUAAUAUCCUAUUUGUAAUAAAACAAAUAUUUUUAAGCUGAAA